AUGCUGCAGGUCUUAAACAGCACGGUCUAUGGGGAGGAGAGGAAGCUGCAGAAGGAAGCAGAGAAACAGAGUGUGUCCUGGGGACAAGAAGGAGAGUCAAAUCAGCAGCUGGUUCAGUUAGGAGAGGCUGAGUACCUUGAAAGGGUCUACUUUCAACCUACCCCAAAGCUUUGGCACCAGAUUACUAAGCGAGACUAUGACCACUUCAAGUGCUUAGAGGCACUCAGGACGGUCCGGCGUUUGACAUACAGUAGUAGGCUUUCCUACAAUACAGCCUCUAACAAAACUAGGCUGUCUCGAACCCCUGGCAACAGGAUUGUUUACCUUUACACCAAGAAAGUUGGGAAAGCACCUAAAUCUGCGUGUGGCAUAUGCCCAGGCAGACUGCGAGGGGUUCGUGUUGUGAGACCCAAAGUCCUUAUGAGAUUGUCUAAGACAAAGAAACACGUCAGCAGGGCCCAUGGUGGCUCCAUGUGUGCCCAGUGUGUCCGUGACAGGAUCAAGUGGGCUUUCCUUAUUGAGGAGCAGAAAAUCAUUGUGAAAGUGUUGAAGGCACAAGCACAAAGUCAGAAAGCAAAAUAA